ACUCCAGCAACUGUAACGGCUCCCCUCGCGCUCCGCCCCGACGGCUCACGCGCCGAGCGUCCCGCCUCCGCCGCCGCUCACCCUCCUCCUCCUACGCCACCUAGCCGACGUCCGGCUUGAGCCUCCGCAGCUCCUCCUCUCCCAAGCUGACGUCCCUCCCCGGCUGCUCCUCUUCCAUGUCGCCGACGUCCCGCAUUCGCCUCCGCCACUGCUCCUGCUCCACCACGCCCAUGCCCCGCAUCCGCCUGCGCCUCCGCCGCCGCCUCUCCUCGUCCACCUCGCGGCCCUCAUCCUCCUGGUCCCCCCACGCCGCCUUUGCCGCGGCCACGGAGCGUGUCCGCGCCGGAACGCUCAGCCCUCAAGACGCACACCGCCUGUUCGACGAAUUGCUUCAACAGGCCACCCCGGUCCCCGAGCGCUCCCUGAACGGAUUCCUCGCCGCCCUCGGCCGUGCUGCGCCCUCCGAGGCAUGCAGAGACGGCCCCGCCCUCGUCCUCUCCCUCUUCAACCGUGUCUGCCGAGAAGAAGCCGGGAUGCGGGUGGCGCCGCCCACCAUCUUCACCUACGGCGUCGUCAUGAACGGCUGCUGCCGCGCGCGUCGUCCGGAACUUGGGCUCGCCUUCUUCGGCCGCCUCCUAAGGACGGGCCUGAAGGCAGACAAGACCGCCGCCAACACUGUCCUCAAGUGCUUGUGCUGCACUAAACGGACAGACGAUGCUGUGAAAGUGCUGCUUCGUAGGAUGACUGAGCUGGGGUGUGUGCCUGAUGCCUUCUCAUACGCCAUUGUCCUGAAGAGAUUAUGUGAUGAUAACAGGAGCCAGCAGGCGCUUGACCUGCUCCGGAUGAUGGCGAAAGAAGAAGGUGUCUGCUCCCCUGACGUGGUCACGUAUAACACGGUCAUCCACGGCUUCUUUAAGGAAGGAAAAAUAGGCAAGGCCUGCAAUCUAUACCAUGAAAUGAUGCAGCAAGGGUUUGUGCCUGAUGUGGUGACACAUAACUCGAUUAUCAAUGCACUGUGCAAGGCCCGAGCAGUGGACAACGCAGAAUUGUUGCUUCGGCAGAUGGUUGAUAACGGUGUUCCACCGAAUAAAGUGACAUAUACUAGCAUGAUCCAUGGAUAUUCCACUUUGGGCCGCUGGGAAGAGGCGACUAAAAUGUUCAGAGAAAUGACAGGCAGGGGUCUUAUACCAGAUAUUGUCUCUUGGAACUCGUUCAUGGACUCCCUUUGCAAGCAUGGAAGAAGCAAAGAAGCUGCUGAAAUUUUUUAUUCCAUGGCUGCCAAGGGCCACAGACCUAAUAUUGUUACGUAUGGCAUUCUGCUCCACGGGUAUGCAACGGAAGGAUGCUUUGCUGAUAUGAUGAGUUUCUUUAAUACAAUGAAAGGCGACGGUAUUGUAGCCAACUGCCUUGUUUUCACCAUUUUAAUUGAUGCAUAUGCUAAACGAGGAAUGAUGGAUGAAGCUAUGCUCAUACUUAGUGAAAUGCAGGGACAAGGACUGAGUCCAGAUGUAUUCACGUAUUCAACUCUAAUAUCUGCACUUUGCAGAAUGGGCAGGCUGGCUGAUGCUGUGGAUAAGUUCAAUCAGAUGAUUGGUACGGGGGUGCAACCGAACACAGUUGUUUAUCACUCCCUAAUUCAGGGUUUUUGUACACAUGGCGAUUUGGUGAAAGCAAAGGAGUUGGUUUAUGAAAUGAUGAACAAUGGUAUUCCUCGUCCAAACAUUGCAUUCUUCAAUUCAAUAGUACACAGUAUAUGCAAAGAAGGAAGGGUUAUGGAUGCACACCAUAUCUUUGACUUGGUUAAAGACAUAGGGGAGAGAUCUGACAUCAUUAUGUUUAAUACGCUGAUUGAUGGAUAUUGCCUAGUCGGUGAGAUGGGCAAAGCAUUCAGUGUGCUUGAUGCCAUGAUAUCAGCUGGCAUUGGGCCUGAUACCUUUACAUAUAAUACACUUGUCAAUGGUUAUUUUAAGAGUGGAAGGAUCGAUGAUGGGUUGAAUCUUUUCAGAGAAAUGUCAGAUAAGAAAAUUAAACCUACAACUGUUACAUAUAACAUCAUACUGGAUGGAUUAUUUCGUGCUGGGAGAACAGUUGCUGCCCAGAAAAUGCUCCAUGAGAUGAUCGGAUGUGGAACAACAGUGAGCUUGCCCACAUACAACAUAAUUCUUAAAGGACUUUGUAGAAAUAAUUGCACCGAUGAAGCAAUUGUCAUGUUCCAGAAAUUAUGCACGAUGAAUGUAAAGUUCAAUAUCACAACACUCAAUACCAUGAUUAAUUCAAUGUACACUGUUCAGAGAAGAGAAGAAGCUAAAGAUUUGUUUUCUGCAAUAUCAGACAGCGGGUUAGUGCCCAAUGCCUCUACAUACGGCAUAAUGAUACGAAAUCUUCUAAAAGAAGGAUCAGUGGAAGAAGCUGACAAUAUGUUCUCUUCAAUGGAGAAGAGUGGUUGUGCUCCUUGCUCUCGUCUUUUAAAUGAUACCAUUAGAACGUUAUUGGAAAAGGGGGAGAUAGUCAAGGCAGGAAAUUAUAUGUCUAAAGUUGAUGGCAAGAGCAUCUCACUUGAGGCUUCAACUAGUUCAUUGUUGUUGUCUCUGUUUUCUGGGAAAGGUAAUUAUCGUGAACAAAUACAAUUGCUCCCUGUGAAGUACCAAUUCUUCGAUGGAGUUAGUUGAUGCACUGGAACCAGCAGUUCAGUGUUCGUGUGGUUUGGAGCUCCCUCUCAACGAUCUGGACAAGUGCCUCAACAAGAUUGAGCUGGGUGAUGGUACCACACUGCCACCAUGGUGUUCUAGUUGGUGCUUAGCUGCUGGGCGUGCAUCCUAUGGAUAUCACUCCUAAUCCGUACGCCACCUCCACGCAUGGGCCGUCUGGUGUGUGAUGUGUUUGCUAAUGGUGAAAGAAAUCUUGCUAUUUGGAGUUCUCUGAACCUCAGCAUAUAAAGUGUGUGUUGGGCCGAUGGCAAUUAUAGUGAAAUUGAUGGACUACUAUACAUUAUCAAGCUGUUUGGCAUUCUCUGAGCCCCCCAGCACCAAGAGCUUGAUGAUUUUACUACUUGAACAAUCUUGAGGUACUGAAAACCUGUGUACAUGAAGUUUGAACUUUCAUUCAGUCUCCUGUACAUCCUCCAGUUUAUGAUGAAUGGUUAUUUGCUCCUAGAAAA